AUCCUUCAACAGAUACGCACUAUCUAGUGUUACAAUAUGCUAAAGAUGGUGACCUGAGGACUUAUUUACGAAAUAAUUUCGAUAGACUUGAUUGGAAAAUUAAAAUCAAAAUGGCUAAAGAUAUUACUAGUGGUCUACUCUGUAUUCACGAAGAAAAUAUAGUUCAUAAAGAUUUACAUUCAAAGAACAUUUUGGUUCACGGAGAAAGGCUCUUGAUAGCAGAUUUAGGAUUAUCUCAAUCAUUAGAUAGCAAUUCAAUAUCUGUGGGUGGUGGAAUGCUUGCUUACGUUACUAACGGUAAAAGAGAAGUACCCAUUAACGGAACACCAGAGGAUUAUAUUAAAAUCUAUUCAAGUGCAUGGAAUGAUGAUCCGACCCAAAGACAAACUAUUAAAAAUAUUUUUGAUUCCCUCGAGAAUAUCAAUUUAGAAAAUAUAUAUAACGAUUCUAAUGACAAUCAAGAAGCUUUCAACAAUCAAUCUCAAGUUCAAUUGACGCGGACGCAAUGGACGUGGACGCAUCAUGUACCAAAUGAAGCAAAUGACCAAACUCAACCUGAUUUAGUAAAUCGAGAAAUCGCAG